UUCAAAAAAUGGCCCUUUUUAUCGUAGGUAUUUGACUAGAACUUUUUUUUCUUUUUCCACUGUCAUAUUCUAUAGGUACAAAUUGUAUCUUCAUUUUAGUUGGAACUUUAUCUUUUCCCUCAUAUAUCUUUUUUUUUUUUUGUGAUUAUUAUAUACUUGUAUACAAAAAUGAUAUUACGACGAUGUUUUCAUGGCACAACGUUCUUAUCAACCAAACGCAACAUCAAACUACCCAAAGAUCCAACUUCGACGGUAUACAAAGGACGAUUAUUUGAAUGGCAAACAUUACAGGCGUUUGAAAUGCUUGGGAUGCAACUUGAACAUAUUGGAGGGAAAAGUGAUGGUGGUCUUGAUCUGAAAGGUGAAUGGUGUCUUAUAGAUAACAAUAUUCCAGUGGUAGUGCAAUGCAAGAAUGUCAAGAAUGGAUGUACACCUGAUCAUCUACGAGGGUUACUUGGUGCCACAGUGAACUUGAAUAUGGAACGACAAACACUUGGAAUUUUGGUAUCGGGGUCUUCCAAGACAACAUUUACACCGGAUACCAUGACUUUAUUCAAUCAAUCUUCUCUUCCUCUUGGUCUGGCACGUGUAUGUGACACUAUGCUACAAGCACUUGUCUUGAAUCAUGCUGCUCAACAAUGGCUGGAUAUCAAUAUUCACUUACGUUUUGAUCCUUUGGGUCGUCUUUUACCUCCUCCUUUGAUUCUUUCCGCUGAUGGCCGUCAAGUAGUACAAUCAUCUCUUCUCAAAAAUAGUAUAACAACCUCAUGAC